AUGGCGGAGCUGUCGGAGGCGGGGAGCGGCGGGAAGCCGGCGCCUGAAGAGGACGGCGACGACGAGGAGGAGCGGGAGCCGCUGCUGCCGCGCCUCGCCUGGGCCUCCCCGCGGAAGGGCGCCCCGGGCAACGCCGUGAGGCUGCCGGAGGCCGAGGGGGAGCGCGACGUGGCUUCCCGCCGCGGCUCCGGCGACCGGGAACUGCUGCUGCCGCCGCCGCCGCCGCCGCCUCUGAGCGCGCUCGGCUCCCCGAGUCGCACGCACAGCCACGGCGCAGGUGCGAGCCUGUCAGUCCGGCUCCGACAGGUCCCGUCCGGUUCUGUCCAGUUCCGUCCGGCUCUGUCCGGCCCCGUCCGGUCCCGUCUGUCAAACCCGCCGCCUUCCUGUCGCUCGCUGCCUCUCUCCCUGCAAAGGCCACUCACUCUCUUCCUCACCAGUCUCUUCCCCGACUCCCUUUCUCUGAGGGGCUGUUGCUGUUCCAGAUUGCCAUUUGGGGAGUUUUCUGUCCUGAUCAGUGAUCUUGAACUUGAAUUGAUCAGAGUGGGGAAAGGAAACUGGAGACCAAGCUUUCUGGUGACACUGAAAAAUGGGGACAUGACACAGAAGGGCAGUCAGAUUCUGGAAGCUGGAAAGCCCUUUCCUAUGGAAGAAGAGUUGAAUUCAUUCUCGAACGAUACAGAAUUUGCUGCUGUUAUAUUGAAAGCAGAGCAAGCAAUAGAAUUUGGAGUUUUUCCAGAAAGAAUCUCUCAAGGUUCAAGUGGAAGUUACUUUGUGAAGGAUCCUAAGAGGGUCACUCUUGGUGUGUUCAAACCCAAGUCAGAAGAACCUUAUGGAAAUCUAAACCCCAAAUGGACCAAAUAUGUCCACAAGGUCUGCUGCCCUUGCUGUUUUGGCAGGGGCUGCCUGCUUACUAAUCAAGGCUACCUCUCCGAGGUCGGGGCAUCCCUCGUCGAUGAAAAGCUUCAUCUAGGCAUUGUACCGAAAACCAGGGUGGUUUGGCUUGUCAGUGAGACAUUUAACUACAGUGCAAUUGAUCGUGCAAAAUCCAGGGGCAAGAAGUAUGCUUUACAGAAGGUUCCGAAAGUAGGUAGAAAAUUUCAUCGCAUAGGACUUCCUCCUAAGGUUGGUUCCUUUCAGUUGUUUGUGGAAGGUUACAAGGAGGCAGAAUAUUGGCUAAGGAAAUUUGAAGCGGAUCCUUUGCCUGAGAAUACUAGGAAACAAUUUCAGUCCCAGUUUGAAAAAUUAGUGGUUUUGGAUUACAUCAUCAGAAACACAGACAGGGGAAAACGAUAUAAUUGGCUAAUCAAAUAUGAGAAGCAGCAUAACGAAACAGAAUCAGUUGUGAAAGAGCCACUUAUUAAAAUAGCUGCAAUUGACAAUGGUCUAGCAUUUCCUUUUAAACAUCCUGAUGAGUGGAGAACAUAUCCAUUUCACUGGGCGUGGCUUCCUCAAGCAAAAGUGCCUUUUUCUGAAGAAACAAAAAACUUGAUUCUACCCUGCAUUUCUGACAUGAACUUUGUGCAAGAUCUAUGUGAAGAUCUUUAUGAACUUUUUAAGAUGGAUGCAGGAUUUGACAAAGCCAGUUUUGAAAGUCAGAUGUCUGUGAUGAGGGGACAGAUCUUAAAUCUCACUCAGGCCCUGCGUGAUGGGAAGAGCCCCGUGCAGCUGGUUCAGAUGCCCUGCGUGGUGGUGGAGCGCAGCCAUGGCGGAGGACAGGGGCGCAUCGUCCACCUCAGCAGCUCCUUCACCCAGACUGUUAAUUGCAGGAAGCCGUUUUUCUCCUCCUGGUAGCAGAUGGGAGCGUGGCAGGAACAGUUGGCACCACGGCAUGGCCGGCUGGGAAGGGCAGGCCAGGCCGUCUCAGCUGCUCAGGGCCCCGCCCCACUCACUAAAACCUCAGCUGCUUUCAGUGUCAUCAAAGGUUAUAUCUGAAUGUAAGCAAAAGUUUACAGGGUAUCUUAUUUUGGGGGUCCACGAUAAUAACUUUCUAUUUCAGGGAAGAAGUGCUAUUGUAUUAUCUUGUAUUUUUCUAGGAAAAUCAUUUUUUAUUAAAGUUAUUGAUCUCAGUGUAAAAGUUCAUCUCAUGGUUUACACAUUUUUUGAAAUAAUUGUAAUAGUAAUUUGUAGAAGCCAGGUAGAAAAUGAGGUAUUUGUGUGAUCUUUGAAUACAAUGAUUUUUUCCUAGUUUUUGUAAACCUUAAGAACGUUUGUAGGAACUGUUCUUACCUUACAAAAGGCUGUUAAGAGUCUUUGAACUAGAAAAACAAGAGUAAUGUAAUGUUGCCUUUAUUCUGAAAAGCUGCUAUUUUAGAACUUGAAUAAAUGUCCUGAAUUGACUAUUGCUCGAGGUCAGAGACCAUUUUCUUUCUGUACUUCAAAAUA